UCCUUCCUUACCACCAUAUGUGGAGCCAUUUCAUGCAAAUCCACUAAAUUGAGCUGGAUGAUUGGAGACCAAGUUGUCGCUGCUUGGUGUUCAGAGCAUCUUAACGUACUAAAAUACCCAGCCGCCCACGGAAAUGUGCCUCGAGCAUCAGGUUGGAUGGAUGUGUCACUGUAUUUAGCCAUCCAUGCAAGGACCAGUGGAGUCCGGUGGAGCUGCCUUCACUCCUGAAGUCAUGGAUAAAGGUCUCAGGGACAGGUCUCAUGGAGCUACAUUGCCCAGAGUCUCGGAGGAUGGCAACGACCUAUGUGAAUCUUCAUCCUUCUGUGGUGAUUCUGAUGACUCCGUGUCGUCGUCGUCGUCGUCGAAUGCUGUCGAUGAUGCUACUUCUUCAGCAUCAUCCGGUGCCCUGCGGCUGGAUUCACAAGGGCCUCUGUUCGAACUGUCUUCUCUCAUGACUCAGCUCCCUAUUAAAAGAGGGCUGUCAAGGUACUUUCAAGGGAAGUCGCAGUCUUUCACAUCCCUGUCUGAUGUCAGAUGCAUAGAGGAUCUUGCCAAAAAGGAGACUCCUUGCGGAAAGAGGAUGAAGACAUGCAGGAGCUAUGCAGCAGGUCUGGAUGCAGCACAGAGGCCAUGCUUCACACCGGGGCCUCGUCGCAAGGCUCUAGCAAAGAAAGGUUCCAGGGGUCCAUGCGCCUCCUUGCUAGCAAGGAGCAGUAGCAGUAACCUUUUACGUAGCAGAAAACCUCCGACAUGAGAACCACCGACAAGGCACUCCUCUCUCACAUGUUCAAGAUGAGAACCCAUGUAUUUUACUGGAUUAGGUCUUUG